CGCGCAAAAACUAAAGCCCUACCGAACAGCGAAGAAAACAUAAUUCGGACGAUUUCUCCGAGGCUCCACUUCGAAUUCGGCCACCUCGAUCUCAUCGAUUCCCUUCUCUUAAAAUCCUUCACCUAGAUCUGAGCGCUCCAAAGGAACUCGCCAUCGCAACGGGAUCUAAAUCUUCAAUCUUUUAGAGGUUCUUGAUUUAGUUAUCUAAAUUUUAAUCGCGAGAAUAUGGCAGCAAUGGCCGGUGCUAGUCUGCAAAUGGCAGCUACCAGGCAGUGCGUCGGUUAUCCUCAGAGAAUGUCGAGAUUGGAGACAAGAGGAUUAGCCCAAACUAAACUUGGAUGCUCAUCCUGUGUUUCUUCUGCUCAACCUCUUCAGCUGAGCUUUGCGCCUGCUGCUUUGAGGCUGAGCCAUGUUGUUACGAGGGCUAUGGCUAGUGAGAGCCAAAGAAAUGGUCCUCCGGGAUUGCCCAUUGAUUUGAGAGGUAAAAGGGCAUUCAUUGCUGGAGUAGCUGACGACAAUGGCUAUGGGUGGGCAAUUGCUAAAGCUCUUGCUGCUGCAGGUGCUGAGAUUCUUGUUGGUACAUGGGUGCCUGCACUGAACAUUUUUGAGACUAGCUUAAGACGUGGGAAAUUUGAUGAGUCACGCCUUUUACCAGAUGGUUCUCUUAUGGAAAUCACCAAAGUGUACCCUUUAGAUGCAGUGUAUGAUACUCCAGAGGAUGUUCCUGAAGAUGUGAAAACAAAUAAAAGAUAUGCAGGUGCCUCUAACUGGACUGUGAAGGAAGUAGCUGAAUCUGUCAAGAAUGAUUUUGGAACCAUUGAUAUUCUCGUGCAUUCCCUUGCCAAUGGACCAGAGGUUACAAAACCUCUCCUGGAAACAUCAAGAAAGGGAUAUCUUGCUUCAAUAUCUGCUUCAAGUUACUCUUUUGUGUCCCUUCUGCAGCACUUUCUUCCUAUCAUGAAUCCAGGAGGUGCAUCCAUCUCUUUGACAUAUAUUGCUUCUGAAAGAACCAUUCCUGGUUAUGGUGGAGGCAUGAGCUCAGCAAAAGCGGCCCUGGAGAGUGACACCAGAGUGCUAGCUUUUGAAGCUGGGAGGAAAGGAAAAAUUAGGGUUAACACGAUUUCUGCAGGUCCACUAGGUAGUAGGGCCGCAAAAGCCAUUGGAUUCAUCGAGAAGAUGAUAAAUUACUCCUACACUAAUGCACCAUUGCAGAAAGAACUGUCAGCAGAUGAAGUUGGGAGCACAGCAGCAUUCUUGGUGUCACCAUUGGCUUCAGCUGUAACUGGCUCUGUAGUCUAUGUGGACAAUGGGCUGAACACCAUGGGCCUUGCUUCUGACAGCCCUUCGCUUUCCUUAUAGAUGAAAACUUUUCAUUUUCACAAGAUCUGUCGCCAUUGAUAAUGAGUUGGAACUUUUGCGAGAUUAAGGCAGGAACUCUUUAUUCAUGAAUUUUGACAGGAUAUCAAGUUUAUUGUGAUUGUGGCUGUGUCCUCUUGUUUAAUGCUCAGUCCUGUAUCAUGCAUCGGAAUUUAAGUAGCCAGGCCACUCCAUUUACGUAUUUCAUGGUUCCUGGUUAUUCUGUUAA